AUGGAGACCCUGGAGGGAGCCGAACUCUGCUUCCCACAGCUCCUGAACACCUCAUGUCGGUGGAAGCCGGGGCAGCGUCGCGCUCAGACAAUCUUCAUUUACAUCCUGCUGUCCUGUAUCUCUCUGCUCACUGUGGCUCUCAACCUGAUGGUCAUCGUCUCUGUCUCCCACUUCAGGCGGCUGCACACCCCCACCAACCUCCUCCUCCUCUCUCUGGCUGUCUCAGACUUCCUCGUGGGGCUCCUGCUGCUGCCGGCUCAAAUCCUCCUCAUAGGGGGCUGCUGGUUUUUGGGGAGCUUUUUAUGUGGACUACUUGCCUAUGCCUCUUUUAUCAUUACAUCCGCCUCGAUAGGAACCAUGGUGCUCAUAUCUGUUGACCGCUAUGUGGCCAUUUGUGACCCUCUGCAUUACCCCACCAAAGUCACUGUGAAAAGAGUUCAGAUCAGUGUUUGUCUGUGUUGGGCCUGUUCUGUGUCGUACAACAGUGUGAUACUGAACGUCUUCCAGAGACAUCCAGGUACAUAUAACUCCUGCUAUGGAGAGUGUAUAGUUGAAAUCAACUUCAUAGCAGGGGCUGUUGAUGUCAUGUUGACCUUUAUUGGCCCCAUUGCCGUCAUCAUAGUUCUGUAUCUGGGAGUGUUUGUGGUGGCUGUGUCCCAGGCUCGUGCCAUGCGCUCCCACGUUGCAGCCGUCACACUCCGGCGUUCGGAGGCCGUAAAAUCUAAGAAAUCUGAAAUGAAAGCAGCCCGGACUCUCGGUGUUGUUGUGUUUGUGUUUCUAAUAUGUUUCAGUCUUUAUUUCUAUCCCUCUCUCGCGGGCCAGGACGUGUCAAACAGCGUGGCAAUAUCCGUUUUUGGGAUCUGGUUACUUUAUUGCAACUCCUGUCUAAAUCCACUGAUCUAUGUUUUUUUCUACCCCUGGUUUAGAAAAUCAGUUCAACUCAUUGUUACACUUCAGAUACUUCAGCCAGACUCCCGUGAUGCCAACCUGCAGGGCAGACUGUUUUAG